AUGCGCCAAUCAGCUCUCGUCGCCGAUCGGAAGCCCCCUUCUUUCCUGCUAGUCAACGUCGGCAUCGGUGGGCCCCGGGUCAAUGCCAACCUCAACGUGCAAGUGCCAAGGUUUUUCGUGGGCCUUCCGCCCAGAGUGUUCGUCGCCCCUCCCGUCUUCGUUGUCACCCCAAGAAUUAUCGUGACUCCAGGCGUUGCAGCCCUGCAGAUCGGCCCUGUUGUCAUCGUCGCGUCGAGGCCACGCCGCCGCUUUCGCCGCUUCCGUCGCCCCAGGCUGAGCCUCUCUUUCAUCAUUGGCCGCAAGCUGAAGCAGAACAAUGACUUGGGCGAUUACCUUGAUGACUCGACCGACUAUGAGGGUGAUUUCACCGAUGAGGAUGGGAACCUGGUGGGCAGCUGCCGCCAGGGUGUAUGCUACCCUUACAACAGUGACUACAUGACCACUGCCGUGGAGCCUGUGCCCUUUGAUGAUGUUAGCACAGUGUUCAACAACAACCAGGCAGCGGGCAAGAUCAACUCCGGCGUCUUUAACAGCGACCCGAAUGCACUCAUCGCCGGAGGCAAAAUCAAUACCUUUCACUCAAUCUUCAAUGCCAAGGCUGGCGACAACGCAGCACAGACCGCUAACAACAAUCCUUCCAACCAACAGCUGGCGACCACUUUUGCUGCUGCCAAUCCAACGGCGAGCACGCAAAUUGCGGAACCCCCGGCGGCGUCCCCCGGUGCCGUAAUCGCCGCGGCCCCCGGCGCCGCACCCGUAGCUGUGGGAUCCCCUGUUGGAUCCCCCUCUGCCAACGGACCCGCCAGCGGCCUGGCAGCAAAUGGCCCUGCCAGCAGCGCAGCAGCUAAUGGCCCAACCAGCAGUGCAGCGGCGAAUGGCCCCACCACGAGCACGGCUUCCACUCCAUCUGGAUCGGAGGCCAAGGCUCCAGCCGCCGGCUUCGCAGCCCAGACACCGGCAGGCUCAACAGUUACGCCCCCAACCGCCGCCGCCAAUGGCCCCACUACAUCUGCAAAUGCCCCUGCCAAGAGCGAGGCUUCAGCUCCCACAAACUCCCUCGCAGCCACGGCUCCCACCCAGGCCAGCCCCAGUUCCAUCUCCGGGCAGCUCGGGCAGCCCAUCACCGGGCAAGUCGGGCAGUCCUUCUCCGGGCAGCUCAGGCAGCCCAUCACCGGGCAGCUCGGGCAUCCCCAGCCCCGGUUCUUUGGACAGCCCGUCUCCGAGCAGAUCGGGCAGCCCAAGCCCCGGCAGCUCAGGCUCUCCCAUCAACUCCUUUGCUGCCAGCAGCACAUCUGGUUCUCCAAGCCCUUCCAACUCCCCCAGCCCUACAUAUUCCCCCAGCCCAUCAUCCACCCCCAGCCCCACCCCCUCUCCAGGCAACUCUUACUCAUCCGGCAGCUCAUCGUCUUCUUCAACUCCCUCGCCAACCCCUGCAUCCUCCUACGGAUCAUCUACGGGCGGCUCUUCUAA